CCUCUGGCACUCCCCGGAGCUGCUCUCCGACAUCCAGGACGGCUACAGCGUCUCAGGGCACCUGCUCGUCUGCUUCUCCUCAGGCUACUUCAUCCAUGACAGCCUUGAUAUCAUCUUCAACAACCAGUCGCGCUCAUCUUGGGAGUACCUGGUGCACCAUGCCAUGGCCAUCUCUGCCUUCGUCUCACUCAUCAUCACGGGCCGUUUCCUGGUGGCAGCAGUGCUGCUGCUGCUGGUGGAGGUGAGCAACAUCUUCCUCACCAUCCGCAUGCUGCUGAAGAUGAGCAACGUGCCUUCCCCUGCUCUCUACGAGACCAACAAGUACGUCAACCUGGUGAUGUACUUCGCCUUCCGCCUGGCGCCCCAGGCCUACCUCACCUGGUACUUCCUGCGGCACGUGGAGGUGCAGGGCCAGGGUGCCUUCCUCACUGCCAACCUCCUGCUGCUCGACGCCAUGAUCCUCAUGUACUUCUCCCGCCUCCUCCGCUCUGAUUUCUUCCCUUCCCUGCGCAAGGGCUCUGCGGGGAGAGACGUGGAUGGUGAGAAGUUUCUGAUAGACUGAGACGUGCGCUCCGAGGAGGACCCGGGCUCUGGCUCCUGGAGGUCUUGGCCUGUCCCAACCUGCUCUGAUGUGCCUUAGGGCUUGCUCCCUGGCCCCAGGCCCUGCCCUCACCUGCUCUACUGCCGAAAACCGCUUCUGUGCCGGACCAGCCCGGCAGCCUCGCCAGGCCACGGGGAUGCUGCCUCGCAAGCCCACGGGGAGGCUCCCGAAUCCAGGGGCACGGCUGAUGGAGAAGCAGCCCAAGCCAGCUUCCACACAGGCAGCUGGAGGGCCAGGGGUGGCUGCAUUUAGCAGCCGACAGCUAGAGGGGGUUGCGAGGGAAGGGACAAAUCCCUCCCGUGGUGGUGCUGGGUGUAACAUGCAUUAAAAUCAGUCUGUGUACUGCUGCUGCA